AUGACGCACCGUAGAAACUCUCCUCCUGCAGAAUACAAGUACGAACCCAGUCCGCACACCUUGCUUUCCGUCCCGGUGUACGAGCAUUGCCACAACCGAAGCUCCCAGCGGCAGCAUUCACAUUCGCAUUUGCAAUCGCACAGCCACCACAACCAUAGCCGUCCGCAUACGCCGGCACUUCGGCCAGCCCAGAUCGUCAUCUCCGCACCACCGCCGCAACAUCAAGUUCUCCGUAAACUACACAAGCAGCAGCAGCCGGUCCACCUAUUCGUUUCCAAAUCGCAUGCCCGCGCGCCCGCUGCGGUCCCUGUGCCUGUUCCCUCCGUCCCGCUCAUGCCGCCCAUCCACCCGAACUUCAUGUAUUCGCGAUGUACUGGCCGACGUAAAGCCCUGUGUAUCGGAAUCAACUAUUUUGGUAGCCCGCAAGAGCUGCGGGGGUGCAUCAACGACGCCAAGAACGUGUUCCAUUUCCUCGUCCGACACGCGUCGUAUCGCCCCGAGGACAUCGUGGUGCUCACAGACGAUGCGCGCGACAACUGCUCGCUGCCGACGCGCAGGAACAUGAUCGAUGCAAUGCAUUGGCUCAUCAAGGACGCGAAACCACACGAUGCCCUGUUCUUCCAUUAUUCUGGACACGGCGGCCAGACAAAGGAUUUGGAUGGAGAUGAGGUGGAUGGAUAUGACGAAGUCAUCUCUCCGAUGGACUUUCAGCAAGCAGGACAGAUUGUAGACGACGUGCCCCUUCUUCCUCUAUUUGUUUUCCAGCUCGUGCUUACAAAAUCGCGCAGCUUAAUCGUCUCCCACUUGCAGUAUGACUCGCACGGGCAGCUUAGUCACGUGAGCCCAUGCGCACUUUCCCGCAAAGCGGCGCCAGCGGAUGUGAUCUCGCUCUCGGGAUGCGAGGACGGAAAGACAAGUGUCGAAACAUUCAUGAACGGCCAGGCCGUCGGAGCUGCUAGUCAUGCCUUCAUUGAGGCUGUGCUGUCGAAUCCACAACAAAGCUAUCAGCAGCUGUUACAGAAUGUUCGCGUGCUGUUGAAGCCCAACUUUACUCAGAAACCCCAAUUAGGCAGUUCACAUCCGAUUGACACAUCGCUGAGGUUUAUCAUGUAGUUUAUACUUGUCGCUUGCUAUUUGCUUUCGAUUGUAUGUCUCUUGUUCUGCUGUCGUACCCUACUUUGCUGUAAUCUUAAUCCUGUGCUUGCUCAUCAACUCAUUG